CGCAACCACCUUAGCAUGCGCUCUCGCUUCUCGUAGUCGGCCAGCUCUAAAUGUCGUUUAGUCGACGAGCUUCUCAAACCGGCACGUUUGCUGUUGGGCGCCGGAAAUGCUUGCCAAAGUACCCUGGCCGACACCGAGACAGCUGGUCAAAUUUGGCUGGUCUGCUACCGCAAACUCUCGCGCAGAUGUUGCUCUUUCAGAAACCUGUUCCGUCAAUGGGGCAGUCCCCAAACGACCGGGAAUCAUGGCUAUAUCAACGGCGCAUUUGACUAGUGUAGACCAGUUGGAAUGGAGCUUGUGUGAGAUGACAAGGACACGCAAGCCGAUGUGGCGGCGCCGGAAGCUUGUAAGCCUGCCGAGUGGUUUGCACGGCAUUCAAUCUUGCUUACGCGGUCAUGGCUCCAUGUUGAGGAAUGGAAUCCCUUGUGAACCUGGAAGGGGCUGCACAAUGAUCCAGGCUCCCGUUCAGAGACCGGGCCGUAUCCCGCACCACAGCAUAUACAUAUUACAUAACGUGCAGAAACGACGUGCAGGAACGACGUGCAAGAACCGCGACAAGGCCUGCUAGACUGAUGAGAUGUGCGAUCGAGAAUUGACGAGAUGCCCAAGUAUCAAGCGGCCAGUCACAGGGCUCCAAUUGUAAUUGUCGGGUUACAACACAUUGUGUCUAAUACUACGAGGCCCGCUAUUCAGUGUUCCAGACUGCCGUUUAUUCAACGGAACCAUCAGGGGGGAAAGGGGGGCUGAAGAGCUUCGACUACCCGAUUGUAAUGCCCGGCCCGUAUUCACUAGUUGCUCGCCUUCCACCACAUCUCCCACCCGACGACCAGACGCCACC